AUGGUGGGAUGGCAGGGUAGUCUCGUAUGUACAAAACCUUGUGCGUGUUGGGCAGGUCAAGUCGUCAACGGCGGUGGCAGGGAUCGUUUCGGAUCGAUACUAUCCGUCUGCAGGGUCGUCGACCGCUGUCGCCGUUGUUGCGUCGUGUCGUCGUCGUCGUCGGCCGGCGGAGUGGGUGAACGGCCAGGUGAGGUCCUGCUGGUGGUGGAGGGUUGGAAGGUUGGAAGAUGGACGGAGCGGGAGACGUGUAUCGAUUAUUUUCCGUCGCCGCCGGCUUUUGGGGGUUUCAAUUAUGGAGGGGACGUGUGGAGGAGUGGCUGCUACCCCGCGUUAGACUGCAAAAAACGAAUAAAGUUUCGCGUAUGUUCCGGCGCACAAUGUGCGUCUGGUCACGUUCGCCGGCCAACAGAGGCUCCUUGA